UUAAUUUUUUUGUUACUUCCAGAAAUUUAGAUAGAACAGAUACUGCACCUAAUAGGUUCAAUUCUAAUAAUUGAAUGGCUGAGUUAACUGGCGUUGUACAAACACAGAAAAAAAAGAAACCUUGGUUGGGGCAACCAGCUCCCCCCGGAUAUGUCCCUGGCCUCGGGCGUGGAGCUACAGGUUUCACUACGAGAUCUGAUAUUGGUCCAGCUAGAGAUGUUAGCGAUCCAACAGAUGACCGCCAUGCCCCUCCUGGCCAGCGAACAUUCGGAGAUCAAAUGAAAGCAAAGAAACCAGAGGAUGAAGAAGAAGAUCUCAAUGACUCAAAUUAUGAUGAGUUUACUGGAUAUGGAGGAAAUUUAUUUGCAUCUGCUCCUUACGAGAAAGACGAUGAGGAAGCAGAUGCUGUUUAUGAUCAUCUCGAUCGGAGAAUGGACGAAAGAAGGAAGGAAUAUAGAGAGGAAAGGGAACGAGAAGAACUGGAAAAAUUUCGUGAAGAAAGACCAAAAAUUCAACAAAUGUUCUCAGACUUGAAAAGAAAACUUGGAGUGAUCUCAUCAGAGGAAUGGGAUUUGAUUCCAGAAGUUGGAGAUGCAAGAAACAAAAAACAAAGAAAUCCAAGAAUGGACAAAGUAACUCCUGUGCCUGAUAGCUUCUUAUCCAGAGGUCUAGCUCAGAAUGGAACAGUCAACUCUGUUGAUGCCAGACAACAGCAAUUUGGUGGCAUCAACACUCCAUUCCCAGGUGGCCUGAAUACACCGUUCCCUGGUACAGCUACACCGGGUUGGGCAACUCCAGCUGGAGAACUGGACAUGAGAAAGAUUGGACAGGCUAGGAAUACUUUGAUGGACAUGAGACUGAGCCAGGUUUCUGAUUCCGUCAGUGGACAAACCGUUGUUGAUCCGAAAGGUUAUUUAACGGAUUUACAAUCAAUGUUGCCACAAUAUGGAGGCGAUAUUGCUGACAUAAAGAAAGCAAGAUUGCUGUUGAAAUCAGUGAGAGAAACAAACCCAAAACAUCCUCCUGCUUGGAUUGCUUCUGCAAGAUUAGAAGAAGUUACUGGCAAACUACUUCAAGCUCGUAAUAUUAUUAUGAAGGGAACCGAAAUGUGUCCUAAGAGUGAAGAUGUCUGGUUAGAGGCAGCGAGACUACAGCCUGCUGAAACAGCCAAAGCAGUUUGUGCGAGUGCUAUUAGGCAUAUUUCAACAUCAGUGAGAAUCUGGAUCAGAGCUGCCACUCUGGAAACUGAUCUUAAAGCAAAGAAAAGAGUUUAUCGAAAAGCCUUAGAACAUGUCCCGAAUUCAGUUCGAUUAUGGAAAGCAUCAGUGGAAUUGGAAGAUCCAGAUGAUGCAAGAAUCAUGCUCUCUCGAUCUGUUGAAUGUUGUCCACUGAGUACUGAACUCUGGCUUGCUCUUGCGAAAUUAGAGUCCUACACAAAUGCCAGAAAGGUUUUAAACAAAGCUAGAGAACAUAUUCCCACAGAUAGACAGAUAUGGAUUACGGCUGCUAAAUUAGAGGAAGCAAAUAAUAAUUUGAAAAUGGUCGAUAAGAUCAUUGAACGUUCAAUCACUUCACUAAAAGCCAACAUGGUGGACGUUAACAAAGAACAAUGGAUGAAAGAUGCAGAAGAAGCGGAAAAAGCUGGAAGUAUCCACACUUGUCAGAGUAUUGUUAAACAUGUCAUAGGAAUUGGUGUUGAAGAUGAAGACAGAAAACAUACCUGGAUGGAUGAUGCAGAAGGUUGUAUUUCUCACGGUGCUUAUGAAUGUGCAAGAGCUAUCUAUGCCCAUGCUCUCAAUACUUUACCAGGUAAGAAAAGUAUCUGGCUUCGUGCAGCUUACUUGGAAAAAAACCAUGGAACAAGAGAAACAUUGGAAAGUCUAUUACAGCGUGCUGUAGCUCAUUGCCCGAAAGCUGAAGUUCUUUGGUUGAUGGGAGCAAAAUCAAAAUGGAUGGCGGGAGAUGUUUCUGCUGCAAGAUCGAUUCUUGCUUUGGCUUUUCAAGCAAAUCCUAACUCCGAGGACAUCUGGUUGGCUGCAGUCAAGUUAGAAUCGGAGAAUAAUGAACACGACAGAGCGAGGAAACUGUUGGCAAAAGCGAGAACUAAUGCUUGUACUGCAAGAGUCAUGAUGAAGUCUGUAAAACUGGAAUGGUGUCUCAAUCGAAUGAAUGAAGCAAGAGAUCUUCUUGGUGAAGCUACGAAAAAAUAUCCUGACUUUGCUAAACUAGCAAUGAUGAGAGGACAGAUUGAGGAACAAAUUGGAAAUAUUCAGGCAGCCAGGGAGGCUUAUAAUGAGGGUCUUAUAAAAUGUCCUCAAGCAAUUCCAUUAUGGCGACUUCUCAGCACAUUAGAACAAAAUCACGGAACAAUAACAAAAGCAAGAGCUGUUCUUGAAAAAUCAAGAUUGAAGAAUCCAAAAUGUCCUGAACUAUGGUUAGCUUCAAUAAGACUGGAAUGGAAAGCCAAUAUCAAGAAUAUCGCUGGUAAUUUAAUGGCUCGGGCACUGCAGGAAUGUCCGACGUCAGGUUUAUUAUGGGCAGAAGCAAUAUUCAUGGAGGCAAGACCACAAAGAAAAACGAAAUCAGUCGAUGCAUUGAAGAAAUGUGAACAUGAUCCUCAUGUUUUACUGGCUGUGGCGAGGUUAUUUUGGAGCGAAAGAAAAUUGUCUAAGUCCAGGGAAUGGUUUCUACGUACUGUUAAAAUUGAUCCUGAUUACGGAGACGCUUGGGCUUUCUUUUAUAGAUUUGAACUCAAUCAUGGAACACAGGACCAACAGGAAGAAGUCAUGAAACGAUGUAUAAAUGCUGAACCAAGACACGGCGAAUUAUGGCAGAAUGUUUCAAAAGACAUUGUUAACUGGAAACUUAAAACCAAAGAACUCUUACCUCUUAUCAGUUCUAAAGUUUCAAUCGCGUUUUGAUUCAAAGUUCAACGUUGUCUAUGUAGACAAAUUUUCUAAUGUUUGAAAAAAGCUGCGAAAUGAAAACCCUGUUGACUUUCUCGCCUCUGCGUAAUCUUUGAUAUAAAAAUGAUUACACCUGAAAAGAGAUCGCUGCAACCAAUUUAUGAGACUGUCUCUGCAUGGAUAUACUCUCUGUGUUCAUUUUGAUAUCAUUGCUAUGACAUUGGGAAAUUGUAGAGUCUUAUAUUAUUGGACUAAAAAAACUGUUCAAAAAACCAGAACCUGCCGUUUCCUAUAAUUUUGUGCUAUGUUUGACUUGUAACAUUGUUUUUGGUCUUAUAUAUGUGAUGACACUCUUUUGGUAGUAAAAUAAACUUUACUUGCGAAUGUCAUAUGUAAUACACUUUUACCUGCCAGCAA